GAAAUGUUGCUAAUUGCUCGCGGUAUCAGAAUAUGUCAGGAAUGUUGGGAUUGACCAGCGCAGGCAAAAAGAUUCACCUGAAAAUUGUCCACAAAUCGCCGAACGUGCUCCACUUAUCUGUAGAGAACGUGGAGGCAGAUCGUGAACGCCGCUUACUGCUGGUUUUUGUGCUUGCAUCACUAUUUUGCUUUGCGAUCUGUACAUUUAUUUUCCGGCUCAAUGUUCUACACGCUGCUUUUCUCCUGCCGACGCUGACGUGUUGCUACCUCUACAGCAGUGUGAUAAAAUCCGAAACUCUGGUCCUAGUGAAAGACUUUGCAUUGCAAUGCUCAAUUACUUUUGCAAACGGAACCGUGCGCAAUUCACUGAUUCCCAUAGAGUAUAUACAGGACAUAAUAAUCAACGAUGUAUUUUUCAACUUGAAAGUAAUUUUCGUGCUGCAAGUGCUUACGAAAGGAAACUUAUUUCGGAGAAAACCUAUCAUUACACUCCUACAGCAUCUUAAACCAGGUUUGUCCUGCUUAAAAAUUGUCUUCGAAGAACUGCAUUCCAUAUUGGAAUUAGACGACUGAACGGCGAACCUCAAUUCGGUUGAUGCGUCGUAGGAAAAAGCUUGUCGAGAAUGUUCAGCAUCUGAUUAGCUUCCUGAGUCUUCUGCGUGCCGAUGUAUUCCGUCGAAAAAUCCUGUUGUGACCUUUCCAUUGUAGUCAGUUUUUCGAUCGGCUGCUUUGAUACGCAAACGUCGGUUUUCGCCUAGCCAAAGAUAGCCCACGAUGGAAAUUAGAUAAUUAAUGCGCAAUUAUAGUUAAAUACAGUUUGUUUCGAACUAACCGUUUGCAUUUGUUCUAUUUGACACUCUUUCCACAGGAGUUUUUUGUACAUUGGAGGAAUAUUUAUCCGCAAAGUAACAACUGUGUCUUGCAAUUCACGUAUAUCAUCCUCAGAUAGCGUAUUUCUCUCUAAAAAGAAACAUUCUUUCAAUGAUACAUGUCUGUGCAUACAUGUUUCAAGCU